AUGGAAGAUCUAAAUUUUGAGCUAUCAUUAUCCCAUGAAGUCAAUAUCAUCACCCGAAAUUACUCUCCAAUGAGAUUGUGCAAUCACAAGUGACUUCUCUCUCACAAUGAAAGUUUUGAAGUAAAACAGUUUCUAAUUGAAUACAAAGAAGUAUCCGAUGAGCAAAUCAUUAUAAUUUCCGAUCCUAAAAAACAUUCAGUUGAUGUUUACAAACGAUCUCAUAUUUUAAGAAGGCUGCAAGUUAAAAGAAAUGAAUAUCUUUUCAAAGCAAUUUACAGUUUUUGGACUUUAAUUAAUCCUUUCCGUUUGCGUGCCAUAUCUAAACAAAUAUACAUCAAUACCAGCGAAUUCAUUUAUAGAGAUGCUAUUGCUCCUGUUCAAAGCGAAAAGCUGUCAAAAAAAUAUGCCUUACAAGAUGCUGAAAUUGACUUUGGCCCAAACCAUGGCUUAACCUUUACAGAAUUUUAUGACAGUUUUUUUAAUUGCUUGGAUAAUUUAACUAAAAGCGCUUUAGCGUCUGAGUACUCUCGUAUGACUAAAGCAAUACAUGCUGACAUCCUAAAUGCAAGUUUUUUUAAAACUAUUCGGCUAAAUAGCAAGCUUCAUCUUACAGAACCACACAGACAAUGCUAUUCGAUUUGGAUGGAGCCUUAUUUAAAAGCAGUUGUUUCUUUUAAAGACAAGCGAGCUUCAACAUCUGCUCAGAAUCUGCUUUCAAAAGAUCUCACUUCACACUUUUCGCCAACACUUCUGACAAGAACUGCUAUGAAAAACACAAGGACUCAUGGAGAUCUUUUAUUGAGAAAAAUAGAAAAUAUGACGAAAACUUAUGAUUCUGAUUAUUUCAAGAUAAAAAUCAGAUCACCAAGGUCAAGACCAAUACAGAGCACAGCAGGAGAUGGAGAAAAAAGGAUAAAAAAAAUUAAAAAGGAGCCGAAAAAGCUCGAUGUUUUAAAUAAAACAAACCCACUGUCAACUGAAAUUGUAAAGUCUGGCUGAAAAGGAUCCACAAUCAUAGAAGGAGUAAUUCAAGGUAGAAAAGUACUGCUUAAAGAUAUAGCAAACAAAGAAAUUGCUUUAUAA